AUGCAGACAACAGACGAUGAGUUUAGUGCACUCAAGUGCCGCUACGCCAGCAAGCGCUGCUGGAACCUCCGUGCCAUUAAACGCAACGGGGAGCGCCACAAUUUAUGCGAAAUGCAUCGCCAAAAGGCUAACAGUAACCAGCGUCGUCUAGACAAGAAGCGUAAAGCGGGACAGGCUGCUCUUGGUCUACCUACCCACUUACCACUGCACGCCAGUGCAGACCUGGAACGUCGUAUGCGCAUGCGCGCCUCCAUUGCGUUCAAGCUAGAGCAAGAGUUAGGUGUCGUGCCCCUCACGACGCAGUACAUCCGACCACCAUUGCGAGCCACUUCGUCCCUUAUGGAGCUACAGAGAGCAGCAGGUCUUGUGGCUAUGGGAAAUGCACACAACAGUCAUGGGACGUAUGGGAACGAAAUGGGCUCGUGGCGUGAGUCAAGUCGGUUGUCACCUGUUGCGUGGAUGGACGCAGCGUAUCCAAGAAGUCCUCGUGCUAUGCUUCGUGUAGCAGCAAUGGCAAAGAUGGCACCAUCUUCCGAGUCCCGUGGAUUUACUCAUUGCAAGUCUUUAACGCCUCCAAAGGUAGAUCCUAUGGAUACAGCUCCAUCCAUGCUACUACCGCCAAUUGCUACAGCAAUGGCAAGAUCGGGAGAAGGAUUAAUGAGUACUGUAACAUUGCAGCGUUCAUGGCAACCGGAUGUCAGGCUAGCUCCAACACUUUCUACUCGUGCCAACAUUUAG